AUGCAAAUAUUUAUUGCUUUAGCAGCAUCAACAAUGAGCUCAGAUGCUUUACUUCAUAUUUUACCGCAGGUAAUUGGAGUACAUAAUCAUUCACAUCGUGAUCAUGGCCAUCAUCAUCAUCAUCAUGACCAUAAUGAUUUCGAAAUAGAACAUAAUCAUACAGAUUAUCAUCAACAUCAUCAUCAUCAUCAUCAUGAUAAUUAUAAGAAAUCUGAAGAUGAAAUAAUCAUUUCUGAUGAUCAUACAAUGUUAAUCAAAAUGACAGCUGUAAUUGGUGCCGUUUACAUCCUUUAUAUAUUAGAAUUUAUUGCUGCUUCACCGAUUUGGAAAAAAAAAAUAAAACAACAAAAAUUAGGAAAGUUUCCGCUACACCACAAAAUGCUUGGUCGGAUUGUGAAACGUAAGUGGAGAAGAAUAAUUGCAUAUCAUGGUUAA